CCCCCCAGUCGCCAGCCCUCCAGCCAGCCACCAGCAGCCCCCAACACAAAACCACAAAACCCCAGCCGCCAGCCCUCCACCCCAGCCGCCAGCGCCCAGCACAAAAUCCUCCCCCCUCUCCAGAAAAAAAGAACAGAACGUUCAAUGUCUAUGAGGAUACAAAGUACAUGAUGAUGACAGAGGAAGAUGAAAGAGGCAAAGAAAUUGAAAAGAUUCAUGUUGAUGGUACUAACAAGUUUGUCACUGAAGACAACAUAUUCUCAGAAGAUGAAAUUACCAAUUUUCAGCAGCAUAUAUUGGAGAUAAUUGGAAGUACUCAGAUGGCUGGAAGGCGUUUUACUCAAAAUGGAUCAAGCAGUACUCAGAUAUACGCACAAAUGACGCUGCCAUAUGUUUCAAACCAGGGUGGAUACAUGGAUCUGAUGAUGGAACAGAUACGUAACUCGCAAGGAGAAUCAGUGAGUGAACUAGGCAAUGAAAUGCAAAGUGCCCUAUGCACACAAAAUGAAACCAUGAACAAAAACCUACUAGUGGCCCCAUGUGAGACAUACACACAGAUGAUUCUUGAGGAGGACUCAACGCUUGCAAAUGCAGACAUAUCCAAGGGUGGAUACAUGGAUCUGAUGAUGGAACAGAUAUAUAACUCGCAAGGAGAAUCAGUGAGUGAAGUAGGCAAUGAAAUGCAAAGUGGCCUAUGCACACAAAAUGAAACAAUGAACAACAACCUACUAGGAGAACCAUGUGAGACAUACACACAGAUGAUUCUUGAGGAAAACUCCCCGCUUGCAAGUGCAGACAUAUCCAAGGAGAUAUUUGGGGAAUGCAAUGAAGCUGAUACAUCUAAAUAUGGGGAAGCAGUAUACCACAGGGAUCUCUUUGAGAUAAUGCAUGUACAACAACUAACUGAAUGUGCGCAAAAUGAUGAUGGAAAAGAAACUAAAACAUCGAGUGCUAGUGCAAACUUUGAUGAUGCAGAAGCUGAAACAACAAAUGCAGGAGAUGAAGAGUUAACAGAGGAUCAGAUUGAUGCCUUCAUUAUGAGUGAGCAGAUAGCUGCAACAGAAGGGAACAAUGCAUCAAUAGACAGCAAAUACACACCUCAAGUUGGGAUGGAAUUUAAGACCAGGGGAGAUGCAGAGCACUUCUUAUUCUUCUAUGGUUUUUUGGCUGGUUUUAAACCAGCAAUCACCCACACUUUCAGGACUUCCAACAAAAAAGAAGCAAUGAAGUAACAAAGGUGGAGCUGAAAUGUAACAAACAUGGCAAAACAAAAAAGACAAACCAGCAGGAACAAGAUAUUUGCAUAGAAAAAAAGCGCUGCGAGAAAGGCCCAAAAAGGAAUACAAAUGUCCAAGUUAAAACAGAUUGCAGAGUAUUCAUGGUUAUAAAGGAACAUGGACAAAAAUGGGUGAUUGAUAAGUUAGACUUGGAACAUAAUCAUGAGCUCAGACCAGCAGACAUCAACAACAUGUUUAGUGGGCAUAAGUACAUGACAGAUAUGGAAAAAGGAAUUAUAAGAACAUUGAACCACAACAACAUACCUACACAGAAGAUGAUAGCUAUAUUGUCUUAUCUGAGAGGAGGUAUGACAGCAUUGUCGUACAAAAAAAAGAUGUUAGCAACUACAGAACUAAAAUAAACAAGGAAGUAACAGGGAAUGAUAUGACACAAGCACUGCAGUUUUUUCAGGAAAAACAGAAGGAAGAUCCAAAUUUCUUCUACAGAAUUGUCAUUGAUGAAGAUAAAAAGGUGAAGCACAUGUUUUGGGCAGAUGGGACAUCUUUGAAAUACUACGAGAUGUAUGGAGAUUGCAUCAGUUUCGACACCACGUACAUGACUAACAAGUACAACCUGCCAUUUGCGCCAUUUGUGGGUGUUACAGGGCAUGCACAUACAUGCUUGUUCGCAUGUGCAUUCAUUUCUGAUGAAACAAUAGAAACAUUCAAGUGGAUAUUCAAGACAUUCCUUGAGGCCAUGGGAGGCAAACAUCCCCGCACAAUAAUAACAUAUCAAGAUAUGGCAAUGAGACCUGCGAUCAAAGAGGUCUUCCCUGAAACAGUGCAUAGGAAUUGCUUCUUCCACAUAAAAAGCAAAUGCUACCAGAAAAAUGGAAAUUGCUUUGCAAGAAAUAUAGGAAUGCCAGAGGACUUUGAGGACAUAGUUAACUAUUCACUAACUGUAUCUGAAUUUGAGAGGGGCUGGAAGCAAAUGGUUGAGGACUACCAUCUAGAAAACAACAAGUAUUUCAGCAAAAUGUGGGAAACAAGAGCCAGGUUCAUACCAGUAUAUUUCAAAAAUGACUUCUUCCCAUUCUUGCAAAGCACAGGUAGAAGCGAGGGGACAAACUCAAGGUUUAAAGACAAUGUGACUUCGACUUAUAGUGUGAUCAGCUUCUUGCGUGAGUACCAAAGGAUUGUGGAGCAAGUGAAUGUGUCAUAGGAGUAUGAGGAUAAUGAAAGCAAUCGUAAACGUCCAAAAGAACUAAUGUUUGGAUAUACAAUAGAGAGGCAAGCACAAGAAGUCUACAAUAGAAACAUAUUCAAGAAAUUCCAGUUCCAGUUGCAAUCAACACCAAGGCUAAGUUACAACAGAACAUCUAAUCUGCAUACUUUCGAGGUGUAUCCAAAAUCAAACCAAGAAGAAAAGCCACAUAAAAAGGAGGUACCUUGUUAUGGCUAACCUAACAUAUGGAAUGGAAGAGUUCACUUGUGUAUGUGGAAAGUUUGACAAGGAUGGCAUUUUAUGCUCCCAUAUACUUAAAGUGAUCAUUGAAGAAGGGCUCACGAAAAUCCCAGAGCAAUACAUACUGAACAGGUGGAAGAAAAAACAGAAACAAAUAGAUGGACCACUGCUGCGUGCAUCAAUGCCAACCCACCCAGUGCUAAGACACAACCUAUUGAGCCGGAAAGCAGCAUUACUCACAUCAGCAGCAGCAAAAACAGAGAAAGCUAUGGAGUUUAUAUGUGAAGAAUUAGACAAACUACAAGAAAAGGUUUGCCAAAUGCUAUCAUCUGAAGAAGAUGUAAUAGCAGGACCUUCGACAGGACGAGAGAAGGAAGACAAUGCUGCAAAACAUACAAGACCAGUAGUUGAAAAUCUGCAUAACCAUGAAGCAGUUAAACAGAAAGGAAGGCCAAAAAAACCUACAAGGUUAAAGCCACUAGUGGAGGAAAUCCGCAUCAAGAUGAAGAAGGCAGAGCAAAAGAAAAACAAGAAAACAAGCAAUGCAGCAGCAAGCCCACAAGGAAAGGAGAAGAAGAAGAUGAAAAGAACAGCACCUUGAAGAAUUACUGAUCCCCCUCCUAACAGAACCACCAACACUCACACUGAAAAAGAUGCAGAAAAAAUAGAGAGAAACACGAAGAACACUUAGUGGAGAAAGGGGAAGGGAUGGACUGUGCAAUUAUGAUAUAUUCAUAUAGUUGGUGCAAACAGCAAAAAAAGUUUGUUUUUCUUUCAGUUGAGUCAUGUAAUCGCUUGCAAAAACAAAGUGUUGAAAAACAGAUCAUGCUUGCCUGAUUA